UGCUGUGCGUGCAGUCGAUUUCUAUUUUACUUUUCUCGUGUGGGUGUAGAGAAACGCAAAGCAAAUGCUUAUUUAUAAACUAUUUUGAAUAUUUAUUACGCGAGUGCUCAUUUGUGUGUAAUGUGAAGUGCUCGGGCCCAGUUCGUCAUGAUGAACGCGCACAAGAUAUGGGUGCUUUCAAGCCUCUGUGUUGUUGUUAUCGUUGUAAUAUAUUUUCAGUCAGAAAUUGCACGUUUAGAAGAGAUUUAUCACAGAUUAGAAUACAGAUUAGUCCAAACGCAUUCCGAACCUCGGCAGUUCUUCAUGCAACCAGUGGAUAAAAGUGAUGAUGACCUGGUGGUGAUAUACAAUAGGGUUCCGAAGACGGGAUCGACAAGUUUCGUGGGUGUGGCGUACGAUUUGUGCAAGAAGAAUCACUUUAAAGUGUUACAUAUUAAUAUAACGGCGAACAUGCACGUGAUGACCCUGGACAACCAGUACAAGUUUGCUCAGAACGUCACCAAGUGGAAGGAUGUGAAGCCAGCCCUGUACCAUGGGCACAUGGCAUUCCUGAACUUUCAUAGACUUGGCACCUCUUCAAAGCCCUUAUACAUAAACCUGAUAAGGAAGCCCCUGGACCGGCUGGUCUCAUAUUACUAUUUCUUGAGAAACGGAGACAAUUUCAGACCACACUUGGUUAGAAAGAAACAUGGAGAUAAAAUGACGUUUGACGAGUGUGUGGAGCAGGGGCAGCCGGACUGUGACCCCAACAACAUGUGGCUUCAAGUGCCUUUUUUCUGCGGCCACUCAGCACAGUGUUGGAAACCGGGCAGCCACUGGGCGUUGCAGCAAGCGAAGCAGAAUCUAGUCAACCACUACCUCGUAGUGGGAGUGACGGAAGAAAUGCUGGACUUCAUCAUGGUCUUAGAGGCAGCCCUGCCCAGGAUGUUCAGGGGUGCCACCGAGCACUACCUGAACAGCAACAAGUCGCACCUGCGUCAAACCAGCUCAAAACUCCAACCCAGCCCGGAGACCAUAGAAAAGAUACAACAGUCCAACAUCUGGAAAAUGGAGAACGAAUUGUACGAAUUCGCGCUAGAACACUUCAAAUUCGUCAAACGGCGAAUCCUGUUGAAGGAGCCCAACAGUGUUGCGCAGACAUUCUUCUACGAAAAGAUACGGCCUAAAUGAGAAUACGUUUUACUGUUGACCACAGUAAUAUCAUUGAAACAGUACGUUCGUGCGACUUUGAAAACCAACCGGUUGCUAGUGAAAGUCAUAUCGGAAUAUAAUUAUACAAUUCGCUUAGCUCUAGGUUGGACUUAAAGGGUAAACUUUUUAGGUAAAUUAUUACAAUUGACUUAUAAUCAAUAUGCAAUAUAUCAAUGUUAUACUCGUAGUUGUAGCAUAAGAAUGAUGGCUAUUCGGAUUUUAGAAAAAGUUUAUUCUUUAUUCUAAGAGCCAACACUGCUGAAUACUGAGUUGAUACUUGAGGAAUUAGUUAUUUCUUCCCACAAAAACAUUACCAAGUUACUUUAACAGUUCAUGCUGCAUACCAAUAUAAAUAACAAAGCUGCAUCUGUAUAUUUGACAGUCGUUCUUGCCAGCAUUUCGCUAUGAGUGGGAGAAAUGCAUAGAUCCGAAAACAGAAAAAUCACGUUUACUUAACCCCACGGGACACAGUUUCAAGUUUCAUCUCAGUAUUUGCGCGAAAAACUACUUAAAUAUCUCGUCAUUCCAUGCAUUUGCAUGUCAUUGGUAGUUUUAUUUUUACUUGAAGACAGUUUACAUACCAUUGAUAAUUUAAUUUUUAUACUAAUCUAAUUUUAUUAUAUCUUGUUAUUUUGUGUACUUUAUGUACUUACAUUUUUUUAUUAUAUUGACAUGUAUAGUGUUCAUUGUAGUUAAAUUUAAGUCCUAGGUCUAAUAAUGUAUCAAAUAUUUACAGUACUAAAUAAUUUCGUUAGAAGAAAGAGACAAUGCUCUACAAAACGGCGUAUAGCGUUCUCUCACUCUCACAUUAGCUGGAAUCUUUUUCAUGCAUAACCCCAUUUAAUACUUAAUUAUGGUAUUGCAGUGCCUAAAGAAUUUUACUAAGCUUUAUGUAAGGGGUUAAAAUACCAAAGUUAAUGAGAUUUACGGUUUAGGCACUCAAGUACCUGAUAAAAAUCUGUUUAAACGGUGAUCUUUAAAACAUAUACUUAAUACAUUAAUUUCGUAUGUAUUAUAGUAGAAACAUUUUACAAGUUUUUCAUCAAAUUGCACCGUUAUAGAUGCUUUGCACAGUAAUAUUACUUAUAUCUGCUAAUUAUUAUUACUAACCAAUAACCAUACAUAUUAUUAUGUAGCAAGAAAUUAUUGAAUAUAGUUGUUUAUGAUGAAUUUAUAGCCUGGACUUGUAUAAUAUUGUAUUAACUAAUUUAGAAAAUUAUAGGACGAAUUAUGUGAAUUGAUACUUAAUAGCAAUUAUUUUUGUGUUCAUAGAUAUUUAAAUUAUAACAAUUUGUAUAUUUUGAUUAUUAUUGUUGAUAUUUUAUAUAGAAAAGACAAUCUGAAUUAUUUUUAUAAGAACGCUCAAGUUUGUUUGUGUUUGUAUGCAGUGGCUUAUGUUUUUUGACAUAACAAUGUAAUAAAGUAUCUCUCUUCCUCUAGAUAGUUAGUCUGUUAAUAGACCGAAUUCUAAGAGAGAGCGAGACGACUAAUCAUCUCUCUGUCAUGCUUAGACAGAGACAGCCAACGAAUUCUGACUCCGAUUUGUAGUGCAAUCACUAUCACUCCAAGAGAGGGACAAAAGAUGUGUUUUAGAUGCAUUCGAAAUUCGCAUAAUGAAUUUAUACCAAUUGUAUUCUUAUGCGAUUUGUAUAGUUUCAAAUGCGUUAGAAAUUUGAAUGUUUCAAAAAUACUUUCAAAAAUAACCCUCUCGCUUAGAUUUGAUAUCGAUUGUUCAUUGCUUUGGCGCGCAGCCGGCGCGACUAUGACGCGACUUGACGUGUCAUGACGUUAGGCGAAACCGCUGUCAAUCUUUAUAUGUAUAGCUAUAUGAGCUGUUUUACACCAAUGCCGAUACAAGACGUGCAAUAAGCAACCAAUAGAAGUUCGUUAUUUACACAUCUCCGCUCAGCUUCAGUAGAAAGAGAAACACAUCUCACUCAAGUCGCGCAGCGGUCGUGCCGGCUGUUUAACAAAGCCUCAACUUUUCGUUAUUGACUAACUGAAUCUUGUUUGUCUAAUCAAAUAUUGUGAUAUUUUUAAAUCCAUCCACGCUUGUUGACCGAGCUGUUAAUUUGUUAACUUUUUGUAACUUCGUGCUGUGUGAAUAUAACGACUCAUUUUUGUUGUAAACCUAUUUUUGUGUGCAAUUUUUUGUAACUCGUAUUUCAGUUGUAUAUUAGAGUUUGUAACUAAAUAUUGAUUUAUGUAAUUCCUACUUAAUAAUAUCAGAUUUUGUAUUUUUUUUUGUGUAGAUAAUGUGUGUAAAAAGGGACCAUGGAAAUUACAGAAUGUAAACGGGUCAUUGUGGCGUCGCGUUGACGUCGCGCCGACAUCGCGUCGUCACUCUGAACGACGGAUGUCGUGAUAUUAUACGGUCUUUUUAUUGAUUGAUAUAAAAGGUAUUACUACUCCUAUGUACAGGAUUUUGACCUUUUAUAAGCCUAUCUGUAGAAAUUGAAAAUUAAUUCUGUGAAAAAAAAACAAAAGUUAUGCAUAUCAAGGGUACCUUUCGUUACUUGCAAUAAACUCUUGUGUAGACUUUAUUGUUGACAUGAAAUUUUUAAAUGAAAAAGUAAAAAAAAAACUUUGAACUAUUUCCCUAUUUAAUUUCGUAGCGAGUUCAAUGACAGUUUAACUUUCCCUGGGACAAAUUCUGUCUUCACUGGUUAAGUUUUGUUGGUGGUCAAGCUGCAGAUCUAGAAUACCCACAAGUUGCAGUGGUGGAAAUAGUUUCCUACCCUAAAAAGCACAGAACCACCAUUAUAAUCGGAUAUUUGGGAAGAUUUUUGUGUUGUCUCUGGGAGAUGCUCGUAUUUAUCAAACAAAUUGUCCCCGACCUUAUUCGAACCUAGAAUCUUCGUUGGCAUUACAGUCCAGUUCGCGAACGAUCAGUCCAUAAAAUUUCCAUAACCCAACAAAUCAUUAUCGCUGAUACAAUUUUAUCGAGCGGAUACACCCUGCGUGGCGUAAUUAAAACUAGCCAUCAAAUCUAUGGACAAAUUACUAAGAACCACCCCUGCUCUAUGUCUAUGACGUUAAGGUUCAAAGUCAGUUUCGAUCUAGAUAGCUAAAUUAUCAGGGUGGAAACAGAAAUAAUAAUUGUUGAUACAAUACCGCGAUAUUUGUUAAUGUAAAACAGUUCGUUUGUCGCUUUCUCCGGCGAUUCUCUCUCGAAUUUCAGAAAAAUAUUAUAGUCCUUAAGUUUAAAUGCUCUUCAAGACUUGCUAAUAAAGUCCCUGGAUUAGGAACUUUUCUACCUACCUCUAUUAUGGUGAAAACGAGCUAUGAUAUUAUUUUUUUAUAUCCACAACGAGGAAGCUCUUGGCCUGUAUCUCACCUGAUAGUAAGUGAUGAUCAGGCCGAAGGUGGAAGCGAGCUUCACCCGGAAUCGUCAACCACGGAGGAACUGGCUAUCUUACCUCUAACUGCCGGUACACAACAAUGCUGUUAACAUUGUUGUUAUGUUGUGUAUCACCCUUUCACGAACCAAACUUUGGAAACUGAGCUUUUACCUGUAUCGUACACUUCGUAAGAACGUUACAUUACAUAAAAAUGCUCUAGUGUAUAUUGACCUUUAUUAAAAACUAGAACUAGGUUCUAGAAUCUCUCUGUCGAGAUACGGGACUAUUCCCACUUUUCGUUCCCACCUCUGCAACUCCUGUGUAGCCAGGAUCUACAGCUUGACCGCCACAAAAACCUAACCAAUGAAGGUCAAGUUUGUCCCAGGGGAAAGUUAAACUGUCAUUGGACCCGCAACGAAAUUAAUCAGAAGAACAUAGGAGGAGUUCGAAAUUAAGGUUCGACUUCCCUCCAUUGCAAAGCGGAUGACAGGUGACAAACAAAGGUUUAAAACCUUAAAGAAAAGAUUAUGCACCACAGACAAUAAAUAUCUCUCUGUCGAGAUAGUCAAAUCUUUAACCACUUUGGCUAUCUUAUUUGAUAUUGUACUAAAAAUUUUAAAGAAAGCUUCUAUAGCAAGUAACGAAACCCUCCCUAAGAAAAAAAUUCCGAUUGAAUGUAAAUAAAAUAGAAGUUUAAUAUCAUACAACAUAUAACUAUAUCUUGUGUAGUCUCGAAAACUAACUUACAUGGCUAUAAUGUAAAAAUGUAUAAGUACUUAGCUUAUUUUACAAUACUGUAGAUAAACAUUUUAUAGUGGAUAAGUGAUAGAACGUUCUUCCAUUUGUCAUAUUGUGAUUCUGAUGAUAUCAGCGUUGUAAAUAUUCGAUAACCUGUAAAAUUGUAACCUAUGACGUCACUUGACGUGUUUGCGGUUAAGGUGCGUAACUGACAAAAAAUGGUUGCAAGAAAAUUCUGGAAACUCGAUCUUUUAGUACCUACUUAUUUCAGAAUUGUUCAUAUGUUCGAUAAAAACUAUAUUUUUAAAUUAAUGAACUUUCUCGCGCCUUAACUUUAUUAUUGGUGGCAAAUCAGUUAAAUCUCUAACUUAUUUUUUUUAGUCAAAGAAAACCAAUACAAUGUUAUUAAACUUUAUUUAACGUUUACUUCAGCCAAAGGACGCCCACUGCUGGACAAAGUCCUUCUCCAAGGAUUUUAAUAACAUGUUAUAAAUAUCUUUAUAGGUAUUAUUUAUUGAUCUAUUUGUUUAAAUAGGCAGACUUGGAAGUUGGUAAUCAUUAGUUUAACUGAAAUGCCACCGACGGGAUUUGAACGGUGAACUGUUAUUAUGAGUAGUCUAAUUAUAAAAUACUUAUAAAAAGUUUCGUUCUACUAACACAAAAUAUGUGUGGACUGUUUAUCUAAAACAUAAAUAAAAUGUAGUGAAAUAGAAAGAAAAUAGAAAACAUGCCUAAACACUGUAAUUAAAAUAUAAGAAUAAUAAACUAUUAUUGUAACUCGUACUUAUACAAUUUAUACGCCUCUAUUAUCCGUUGUAAUUAUUUUUUGUAUAUUGACAUUUUAUUUAAAUCCGUUUGGGUUAGACGACAUUGAUAAUUUUAUUAUAUUCUGUUUUACAAGACAUAUUAAGAUAAAGCGCAAUUAAUUUUAUAUCUAAUACUCCACCUGAAAAAUAUAAUGGCUAAUAUGAAUUAUACUUAAAUACAGUUCCUUAUAUUUUAUUUUCAUUUUACAUACACUUGUUAUACUUGUUAUUAUACUUCAAAGUUUUCAGGUAGUGAUUUAAAAAAUUGACAAAUAAGUAUCUAGUGCCCACACCAUACUUUUAAACACACGCACGAAUGCUAUGCACAUACAGUUUGAGGCACUAAAUCAUGGUAGAGAACAUUAUAACAUGAUUGCUUCCAGAUAACCUAUGUAUGUUUUACAUUCGAAUUAAACCGUUGUUUCGGCACUCAUAGUACAUAGUAGGUCUUUAUAAAAAUUGUUCGCGAUAAUAAACUGACAUUAUACACAC